CUACAACAAGGAUAUUGGUGCAAUAAAAUAUUAUUUUCAAUUGAAACUUUCAAUGAUCAAUGUAACUUCCAAACACGCCCUACUGCAAACCCUAAUUUCUCUUGUCUCGCAUAAUAUAACACUCCGCCGCACACUCAUUUUCCCUCCCACUGCGGCGGCCACGGAACUUCAUCUCAGCGGAGCUCAGCCAUGGGUAUCGAUCUGAAAGCAGGAGGUAAGAGCAAGCAGACUAAGCGCACAGCGCCGAAAUCGGAGGAUGUUUACUUGAAGCUUCUUGUGAAGCUCUACGAAUUUUUGGUACGAAGGACCGGAAGCAAGUUCGAUUCUGUGAUCCUGAAACGCUUGUACAUGAGCAAGACGAACAGGCCCCCACUCUCCCUCUCCAGGCUGAUCUCUUUCAUGUCCGGAAAGGAGGAUAAGAUUGCUGUGUUGGUGGGGACAAUCACAGACGACGUUAGGGCUUAUGAAGUCCCAGCUAUGAAGGUUUGUGCACUGAGGUUCACCAAAACUGCAAGGGCAAGGAUCGAGAACGCUGGUGGAGAAUGCUUGACAUUUGAUCAGCUUGCUCUUAGGGCUCCAUUAGGACAGAAUACGGUUCUGCUGCGAGGUCCUAAGAAUGCACGGGAAGCGGUGAAACACUUUGGGCCCGCUCCGGGUGUUCCCCACAGCCACACCAAGCCGUAUGUGCGUUCCAAGGGACGGAAGUUUGAGAAGGCCAGGGGAAGAAGAAACAGCCGCGGAUACAAGGCUUAGUUUUUCAUUUAUUUUUAUGGAGGAAUCGGUCUUUUGUACGCAGGCAUUCAAAUUUUGCAAAAGAUUUAUGUAGUGCCAAGUACUCUUGUUUCUUGUUUUCUGCUCUGUUGUAUUUGAGUGUGGAUCUUAAAGUUUGUGAACACAAUAUACUUUGACUUGCAAACUUGUACCCUCUCCUUCUCAAUUUAAAGUCUGUUUUUAUAACAAAAUAAUUUUAAAUUGUUCGGAGUAAUAGAGAUAUGAGGAAAAAAAAAGAAAAUAGUUUUCCGGUGUGUAGUGUCGAUGCAACUGCAAGCAGAGGCGGCAAAGGAAGACUGGAGGAGGAACCAAGGAGGCACUUGCUCAACCACAACCUCGUAACUACAAAAUCAAGCUACAAAGUUAGAUAAGGUCUACGUUCAAUUGGAUUUUAUAUAUUGAGCCACAUUAUUCCUCUUGCCUCAUAGGGUUAGUCUUCACACAUGUGUUGCCUCCACUAUGUAGACCACCACAAUCUUUUGGUACUCAGUUCACGACUGAGGCUUAUAGCUGCAAGUGCCUGCAACCAUCAUGUUAGGGGACCGUUCAUAACGACUGCCUAUCAGUCUUAUUAUUCAAAAACGAGGAGUGGCUUUGGAUGUUUUGUUUUCAUUUUUCCAGAAAGAUGUUCUCCAUAUUGGUUUAAAAUUAAUUUUGAGGGAAUAAUAAUGAUGUCUAUCU